UACAGUUCAGUUGGGUAUUCUUUGUUGAUCAAAAAAGAGAAAUUAAUUAGUGUACAACCCAAUCGUGUUACUAUAUGUAAUGGGCCUUCAUUUGGCUGGGUUUUCAUGACGGAAUUCUUGUCUGCACUGGCCAAAAAGCUGAAGAAAAACAGCACUGCCAUGGAGAAUUUUCGCAGGAUAUAUGUCCCUCCAGGAGUUGCUCUCACAUGCGGGAAGGAUGAACCUCUUAGAGUAAACAUCCUCUUCAAGCACAUUCAGGAAAUGUUGAGUCAAGAAACUGCGGUAAUUGCAGAGACAGGAGAUUCAUGGUUCAAUUGUCAAAAGCUUCGGCUGCCUGAGAAUUGUGGGUAUGAAUUCCAGAUGCAAUAUGGAUCCAUUGGGUGGUCGGUGGGUGCAACUCUAGGUUAUGCUCAGGCUGCUAGAAACAAACGUGUUAUUGCUUGCAUUGGAGAUGGGAGCUUCCAGGUGACAGCUCAGGAUGUUUCAACCAUGUUGCGAUGUGGGCAAAAUAGCAUAAUAUUUUUAAUCAACAAUGGAGGGUAUACAAUUGAAGUAGAGAUUCAUGAUGGCCCCUACAAUGUCAUAAAAAACUGGGACUACACGGGUCUUGUGAAUGCUAUCCACAAUGGUGAAGGCAAAUGCUGGACUGCCAAGGUGAGAACUGAGGAUGAGCUGACAGAAGCAAUUGCAACGGCAACAGGCACACAUAAGGACUCCUUAUGCUUUAUUGAGGUUCUGGUUCACAAAGAUGACACCAGCAAAGAAUUGCUUGAAUGGGGAUCCCGUGUUUCUAAUGCAAAUAGCCGCCCUCCUAAUCCUCAAUAGCGGCAUGAAACUUGUAGUAAUGGCAAAAGACUUAACAAUGGCAUCCGAAUUGCCAUUACCUUUGGUCCAUGGAGAUGCUGGAGAAGUAGAAAUAAGAACUUUAGCAAUUCCAAUUGCUAUGUUGUGCUUAACAAGAAUGUUUAAGCGCCUGUAUAUGCAAUAUUGUAAUUUUAUUGUACAUUAGCGGCGGAGUUUUUGAUGUUUCUGAAAUUGUAUUUCGAACUGAAGCAAAAUGAGUAUUUGCGUUUAGUACAUCAAAUUGUGGUGCAUUGAUAACAUGUUGAUUCAAGUGAAUAACAGUUUGGGUUCUGAGAGAAUCCUUUUAGGCCUCA